AUGGCAAAGACACCAGGAAUCCUGUAUGUAACCAUGCAACCCUCGGCCGACCUCCCCGCCGCCGAGUUCCACGACUGGUAUAAUAACGAACACGGACCCAACCGCCUGCGCCUCCCCUUCAUCCACAAUGGCUUCCGCUACCGCGCCCGCGACCUUUCCAAUGCAAACGCCAAGGGCAAGCACGAAUGGAUGGCCAUCUACGACACCGACGACAUGGACGCCUUCAAUUCAGAAUCCUACCUCGCUCUCCGCGGUGCACCCAUCCAGACUCAACGCGAAAGAGACAUCAGACCCAGUGUUGCCAUCGACAGGAGAAGUUUCGACUUGGUCAGCAGCAGAGAGUCUGCAGACUUCAGGAAGCUGGAAAAGAUUGAGAAUUAUGGAGAGGGCAAUGUGAUGGUUACUGUGAGUUUGAGAUUGAAGGCUGGGCGCAAGGGUCAAGAGUUGGAUAAAUGGUAUGAUGAGGAGCAUAUCGAUAUGUUGACCAAAGUGCCUGGUUGGUUGCGCACAAGACGUUACGUCACUGCUGCCAUUGACAAGAAGGAUGAAGUCGAGUACAUGGCUCUGCAUGAGUAUGCACCGAAGAAUGGUUUGGGCGGCAAGGAGUGGCAGGCCACAAACGAUACACCUUGGGCCAAGGACAUCAUGACCAAUGUGGUUGAGCAAAAGGUCAGACGCGAGUACGAGCUCUUCUACACCUUUGGCCCUGCUCCCCGCGACCUCCAAAACUUUGCCCUUGCAGGUUUCAAGAAAUGGGACAGUCCGGCCACGCAAACCAGAACUUUUUCCACCAGCAACGAUGGCGGUGCCGUACAAUCGUACAUCACGACCGACGAUGGAGCAGAACUCGAAUACAGACUCGAGGGCUCUACGGACCCCAAUGCGCCAUUGAUCGUGCUCUGCAACUCGAUCUUGACAUCCUACGGCAUCUGGGACCGCUUUGUGGACUCGUUCCUCGCAAAGAACAAGCAAUACCGUAUCCUGAGAUACAACACCAGAGGCCGCACGAGCAAAGCUGGCGAAAAGCUCGUCACCAUGGACCUCUUGGCUUCCGACAUCAUCGCUCUGCUUGACGCUCUCAAGGUGCCCAAGGCAGCAGCGAUUGCUGGUGUCAGCAUGGGCGGAGCAUCUGUCAUCAACGCCGCCUUGACAUACCCGGACAGAAUCGGCUCGUUCAUGGCAUGCGACACCAAUGACAAGAACCCCGAGGUCAACAGAAAGGCUUGGGGCGAGAGAGUAGCUAUAUGCGAGAAGGAAAAUGCCUCUGGCGAGGAAGGCGAGAAGAUCGUUGGGGAAGAACUCGCCGAAGUCACAGUACGAAGAUGGUUUGUCAAGGAAAGCUACGAUGGAGGCGACAUGGAGAAGGAGUGCGAAAGGGUCAAGCAGAUGGUCAUCAACAACAGUCUGGAAGGAUUUAGAAAGAGCGUGGAGGCACUGUGCGACUACAACUUCCAGCCGCACAUGAAGAGUGGAAAAGUAAAGGGUGUGUUUGUGGUUGGCAGUGGAGACGGAGUUCUGCCAAAGACUAUGAAAGAGAUGGCUGCCAGAUACGGCAGCGAUGGCGCCGAGUGCGUCGAGAUUUCAGGAGCCGGCCAUCUGCCCAUGGUGGAAAAGCCUGACCAAGUGGCAGAUGUGCUGGGCAAGCUGGUGUCUUCUUCGUAG